AUGUGGGUCUCCAAUGGUAUCUAUGCCCCCACAGAUGGCUUCUGCCUACCUGAGUGGGACAACAUUGUGUGCUGGCCUGCUGGAGUGCCCGGCAAGGUGGUGGCCGUGCCCUGCCCCGACUACAUCUACGACUUCAACCACAAAGGCCGAGCCUAUCGGCGCUGUGACAGCAAUGGCAGCUGGGAGCUGGUGCCUGGGAACAACCGGACAUGGGCGAAUUACAGCGAGUGUGUCAAGUUUCUGACCAACGAGACCCGAGAACGGGAAGUCUUCGAUCGCCUUGGAAUGAUCUACACUGUGGGCUACUCCAUCUCUCUGGGCUCCCUCACUGUGGCUGUGCUGAUCCUGGGUUACUUUAG